AUGUUAAAUGCCAACUGCAUGAAAAGCAAUUUUGACAGACAAGUGCCCUCCUUGGAAAAUCUAUCACAUGGCUCUUGGGAUUCUACAGACUACAGAGAGUUGGAGGAAAGCAUAUAUGUGGAGGCAGUCGGGUCCAGGACGUCUGGAUAUUCAAGUGAUAAAGAUGAAGAUCGAGAUGUUGAAACAGCUGAUGAAGACGUUGAAAAGCCUCCACUUCCUCCUAGGUCUUCUCGUCAAUCCCGUUCAGCAAAGUCAGAAACUUAUCCAGAUCUUCCCUCAAGGAAUAAAAAAAGGGCAUCUGAUUACAGUGUUCAAAAAAGGGUAUCUUUAGACAGUAGAGAAGAGACACCUUAUGAAGAUGAAGGUUUGAAGGAAUUUUCACCUCGAAGUAAAGAGGCCAUUACUGAUCCAUUGUGUUACUGGGCAUCUGUCUAUUUUAAUGGCAGUAAAGUCAAAGCAGCUGAGAUUGUAAGCAAGAUUGCUGAAAAUGGAACAUAUCUGAUCAGGAAAAGUGAUGAUGAUUCAAAUGUUCUGCUAUUUUAUGCUCACCCAGGAAUUAAAAAGUUCAGGAUUUUAGAAAAGAAGGAUGGAUGUGUAUCUUUGUCAGCACAUGGGCCAGACUUUGAAUCAGUAGAAGACAUGUUGUAUUAUUACUACAGUAAUGAUAUGCCAAAUACAAACAUGAAGCUUGUCACUCCGUACAAAUUACACAGCAGAUACCAGGAGUAG